AUGGCUACAAAUGUACCAUCAGAUAGCCUAGGAUCAGAGCAGCCACGAUCCCUGAUAUCUCAGGAAACACAAGCAGAAAACCAAAACGACAGCCCUGAGGUUUGUCAUGUGAUGUUCCGAGGUUUCAGGCCCUCAGAGAGGUUCAGCCCCAUCCAGAAUCUGAGGAGGAUCUCUGAGCUAUGCUAUCAGUGGCUGAGGCCAGACCUGAAUAGCAAGGAGGAGAUACUGGAUCAACUGGUGAUAGAGCAGUUCAUGAUCUCCAUGCCUCCAGAACUGCAGGCCUUAGUGAAGGAGAACGGAGUGAAGAGCUGCAAAGAACUGGAAAAGCUGCUGAGGGAAGGGAAACAUUACCACUGGUCCAUAAUCUACUCUGAUGAACAGAUAUACUUCCUUCCGGGUUCCAGUUUUGAGAAGGCUGAAGUCCCAGAGGAUAAUGUGGAAUUGUCCCAAGAACACCUAUCAAAUGAGAGUGAGGAGCCUUUCACCAGAGGCCAGGCCAACCCAGAGCUGCAGAACCUGUCAGAGACCAAAGAUCUAUCCACCAAACAGAAAGAGCAAGUUUUGCUGAUGACGGUUCCUGAGAACAGAGAACCUGUACACCCGAGACUUGAGCAGAGCCCAGGGAGAGAUUCACAGGAUUCCAGUGUGGCGUUUGUGUUUCUGCAUCAGGACCCUCAGCUGACACAGGGUCCUGCAGGUUCUUUGAGAGUAAAGGAUUUGGUGACGUCCCAAGAAGAUACAAAUAUUGAUGCUGUCACAUCGUUCACCCAUAUUCUGGAAAGCAAUUUAGCCUUGAACAGAGCUCUUCAGAGUUUCCAAAGAUACAACAUUCCCACUUCCCAAGAAGGGGCCUCCAUUAUAGUCGAUACAGAGCCAAAGGUUGCUAACCCACCAUCUGUACAGCCAGUUGCUCAUCUUGCUGGCCAGGCUCAGUUUUGUUGCAGUGAAUGCGAGAAGGGUUUUUUUAAUAGGUCUCAGCUUAUCAUUCACCAGAGGUCACACACAGGAGAGAGACCCUUCAAGUGCAACAACUGCAACAAGGCAUUUGUACAGUCCUCAGACCUGAAAGUCCACCAGUGCACUCACACGGGGAAUAAGCUGUAUGUGUGUACAGUCUGCAGCAUGGUGUUCACCCACGAGUCCAGCCUGCUGAGUCACAGUCGGAUUCACACAAAGGAGAAACCUUAUGAGUGUGAGCACUGUGGGAAAUGCUUCAGCCACAAGGGCAACCUCAAAGUCCAUGUCCGCAUCCAUAGCGACUCGAGACCCUACAUUUGUAAUGAGUGCAACGCAGCCUUCCGACAGCCAGGGACUUUGAAACGACACUUGAAAAUCCAUUCAAGAAUGGCAUCUGUGUGA